GGGAGGGCCGAGAGCCCUGCCCCGCCGGACUCCCGCCGGGAUCCUAGUUCGAGGCUGGCGCGCAGCCGCUAGUGGGCUGGCUGGCUGGACCCGGGACCCGCUCUGCGACAGGGCAGCACACUGGCCGAGUGAGCAUGCAGGGGGACCGGACGGCCGAGCGGCCGGCGCUGCUACAGCCGCCUCCGCUGCUGCUGCUGUUGCUGCUGCUGCUGCUGUCCCGGGUUGCGGCGCUGCACCCAGGCGAGCUCUUCCCCUACGGCGAGUCGUGGGGGGACCAGCUCCUGCAGGAAGGCGAUGACGAGAGCUCAGCAGCGGUGAAGCUGGCGAUCCCCCUGCACUUCUACGAAGCCCAGUUCAGUGACCUCUACGUGGGCACCAAUGGCAUCAUCUCCACCCAGGACUUCCCGAGGGAGACCCAAUACGUAGACGAUGAUUUCCCCACAGACUUCCCAGCCAUCGCCCCCUUCCUGGCCGACAUCGACACCAGCCAGGGCAGGGGCCGGAUCCUGUACCGUGAGGACACGUCCCCAGCAGUGCUGGGUCUAGCUGCCCGCUAUGUACGCGCCGGCUUCCCGCGCUCCAUCACGCGCUUUGCCCCCACCCAUGCCUUCCUGGCGACCUGGGAGCAGGUGGGCGCCUAUGAGGAGGUCACACGAGGGGCGCCGCCCUCUGGGGAGCUGAACACUUUCCAGGCAGUUUUGGUAUCUGAUGAGUCUGAUACUUACGCCCUCUUUCUUUAUCCUGCCAAUGGCCUUCAAUUCUUUGGAACUCGCCCCAAAGAGUCUUACAAUGUUCAGCUCGAGCUCCCAGCCCGGGUGGGCUUCUGCCGAGGGGAAGCUGAUGAUUUGAAGAGAGAAGGACCAUAUUUCAGCUUGACCAGCACUGAACAGUCUGUAAAAAAUCUCUACCAACUAAGCAACCUGGGGAUUUCUGGAGUGUGGGCUUUUCAUAUUGGCAGCACUUCCCCAUUGGACAAUGUCAGACCAGCAACACUUGGAGGGGACCUUUCCAAAGCCCACUCCUUGGCUUCUCUGGAACAUUCCUUCAGCCACACUGCAGCUCUGGAAAGUGACUAUACUGAAGACAAUCUGGAUUAUUAUGAUGAGAAUGAAGAGGAAGCUGAAUAUCCCCCUAGUGAACCAGAGGAGGCAGGGAAUGGCCAUGGCUCUGUUGAUGUUUCCUUCCCCGUGAAAGUUGAUUCAAGGCCUUCAGGAGGUGAUGUCUCUCCACCAAACUCUGAUCUGGCCGCCCUUUUGCCACAUCCAACACCUAGUGAUUGGCCAUUCUACCCUGAAACAGAAUCCGCUACCUGGGAUCCUCAAACUAAAGAGGGGAAGAUAGGUACUCCAGGUUUAAAUGGUCGAGUUGAGGCUUCUGAACAGAUAGAGACCAGAAGCUCAGCUCCACCAGAGACAGACAGAGAUUCACUGGAUCCCCCCCAGAAAGCCCUACCCUACGCUGAAAAUGAACACCUCCAGCCCUACCCUGAUGGGGGGGUGGUACCUUCAGAAACGGAUGUUCCUGCAGCUCGUCCUGGAGAAGUUGUUCCUCCACAUUACCCCUUGCCAGAUCACACUGCACCUCGGAGUAGCAGGAGGUUUGUGGUAGGAGUGGAAGACAACAUCAGUUCCAACACUGAGGUCUUCACGUAUAACGCUGCCAACAAGGAAACCUGCGAACAAAACCACAGGCAGUGCUCCCAGCAUGCCUUCUGCACUGACUACACCACCGGCUUCUGCUGCCACUGCCAGACCAGGUUUUACGGAAACGGGAAGUACUGUCUGCCAGAAGGUGCACCUCAGCGAGUCAAUGGAAAAGUGAGCGGCCACCUCCGCGUGGGCCAUACGCCUGUGCACUUCACGGACGUGGACCUGCACGCUUACAUUGUGGGCAAUGACGGCAGAGCCUACACCGCCAUCAGCCACAUCCCACAGCCCGCGGCCCAGGCUCUGCUCCCCCUCACACCCAUUGGAGGCCUCUUUGGCUGGCUCUUUGCUUUAGAAAAACCAGGUUCAGAGAAUGGCUUCAGCAUCACAGGUGCAACCUUUACCCAUGACAUGGAAGUUACCUUCUACCCAGGAGAGGAGAAGGUUCACAUCACUCAAACUGCUGAGGGACUUGACCCAGAGAACUAUUUGAGUGUUAAGACCAACAUUCAAGGCCAGGUGCCUUACAUCCCAGCAAAUUUCACAGCCCACAUUGCUCCCUACAAGGAGCUUUACCACUACUCUGACUCAGUUGUGACCUCCACAAGUUCCAGAGACUACUCUCUCACAUUUGGUGCCAUCAACCAAACAUUGUCCUACCGAAUUCACCAGAACAUCACAUACCAGACCUGCAGGCAUGCCCCCAGACACCAGGCCAUCCCCACCACCCAGCAGCUGAAUGUAGACCGGGCCUUUGCUUUGUACAAUGAUGAAGAAAGAGUGCUUAGAUUCGCUGUGACCAAUCAAGUUGGCCAUGUUGAAGUGGAUUCUGACCCCGCUCCAGUGAAUCCUUGCUAUGAUGGCAGCCACACAUGUGACACAACAGCACAGUGUCAUCCAGGGACAGGUUUAGCCUACACCUGUGAGUGUGCACCUGGGUACCAGGGAGAUGGACGGAAUUGUGUGGAUGUAAACGAAUGUGCAACUGGUGUCCAUCACUGUGGCCCCAACUCUGUGUGUAUCAACUUGAAGGGAAGCUACAAGUGUGAAUGCCGGAGUGGUUAUGAGUUUGCAGAUGACCGGCACACUUGCAUCGUGAUUGCCCCACCUCCCAAUCCCUGUGAGGAUGGCAGUCACACCUGUGCUCCUGCUGGACAGGCCCGGUGCAUCCACCACGGAGGCAGCACAUUCACCUGUGCCUGCCUGCCUGGUUAUGUGGGCACCGGGCACCAGUGUACUGAUGUUGAUGAAUGCUUGGAAAACAGAUGUCACCCUGCAGCUACCUGCUACAAUACCCCUGGUUCCUUCUCCUGCCGUUGCCAACCUGGAUAUCAUGGGGAUGGAUUUCAGUGCACACCUGACUCUGUCUCAGGACUGAAACCCUGUGAACACCAGCAGCGCUAUGUCCAGGUACAACCUGCCUAUCCUGGGUCCCCACUCCACAUCCCCCAGUGCGAUGAGCAAGGCAACUUCCUGCCCCUGCAGUGUCAUAGCAGCACAGGCUUCUGCUGGUGCGUUGACCAACGUGGUCAUGAAAUCCCUGGCACCCGGACUCCCCCUGGCUCCACCCCGCCUCACUGCGGAGCACCAGAGCCCACCCAGAGGCCCCAGACCGUCUGUGAGCGCUGGAGGGAAAGUCUGCUGGAGCACUAUGGUGGCACAGCCCGCGAUGACCAGUAUGUGCCCCAGUGCGACGACCUAGGCCAGUUCAUCCCCCUGCAGUGCCACGGGAAGAGCGACUUCUGUUGGUGUGUGGAUAAAGAUGGCAGAGAGGUGGAGGGCACCCGCUCCCAGCCAGGCACAACCCCUGCAUGUAUACCCACGGUUGCUCCACCCAUGGUCCGGCCGACCCCCCGCCCUGAUGUGACCCCUCCCUCCGUGGGCACCUUCCUGGUCUAUGCCCAGGGCCAGCAGAUCGGUCACUUGCCCCUCAACGGGACCAGGCUUCAGAAGGACGCGGCUAAGACUCUGCUGUCACUACAUGGCUCCAUAGUUGUAGGAAUUGACUAUGACUGCCGGGAGAGAAUGGUGUACUGGACAGAUGUUGCUGGACGAACAAUCAGCCGCGCCAGUCUGGAACCAGGAGCAGAGCCUGAGACGGUCAUUAAUACAGGUCUAAUAAGCCCUGAGGGGCUUGCCAUCGACCAUUUCCGUAGAACCAUGUACUGGACAGACAGUGGCCUGGAUAAGAUAGAGAGUUCCAAGCUGGAUGGCUCUGAGCGCAGGGUCCUCUUCCACACAGAGCUGGUGAAUCCCCGAGCCAUCACUGUGGAUCCAAUCAGAGGUAACUUGUACUGGACAGACUGGAAUCGAGAAGCUCCUAAAAUUGAAACGUCAUCUUUAAAUGGAGAAAACCGAAGAAUUUUGGUGAAUAAAGACAUUGGGCUACCCAAUGGUUUAACCUUUGACCCCUUCUCCAAACUGCUCUGCUGGGCAGAUGCAGGAACCAAAAAACUGGAGUGUACACUACCUGAUGGAACUGGACGGCGUGUCAUCCAACACAACCUCAACUACCCCUUCAGCAUUGUCAGCUAUGCAGAUCACUUCUACCACACUGACUGGAGGAGGGAUGGUGUUAUAUCAGUAAAUAAAGACAGUGGCCAGUUUACAGAUGAGUAUCUCCCAGAGCAGCGAUCACAUCUCUAUGGGAUAACUGCAGUCUACCCCUACUGCCCAACAGGAAGAAAGUAAAGGUACAUUCGGAAGGAGGACUUGGAGUUUACAGUCCGAAUCUUGACCCUGACGUUUACUGCAAACACUACAAGGUGAAGAAAGUGAAAGAGGAAUUGGCCAUUAGAAGUUCCUGGAUAUAGAACAAGAUGAACAUUUUAAGUGCAAAAAGACUAAGUAUUUUGUGAAAAGUUUAUACCUCAGUCUUUACUACUGUAUUUUUUAAAACAAAUGUUGCUAUUGCAAGUUUAAAAAAUAACAAAUUUUAAUUGUUGCUUAUUAAAGCAACUUUUCAUAAACAUUUAUAUCGUAUUUAAAGGUCAAAUUCAUUCAACUGAGAACCGAUUAGAGUAUAUUAAAACUCUAAACGACUUUUGCUAUGGAUUCUUCUUGGCCAAAAGAUUAAAGUACAUGUAAUCAGUGUAAAAACACAAUCCUAAAUAUCACAAGCCUUGAUGUAGUUAGAGAAGGCUAUACAGAAUGGAUGGGAAAGAACCAACUUAUUUAUAGUUUCCUAACAAAAAGUUCCAAGGUUUUUUUUUUUUUUUUUACCUCUGCAUCAAUGCAUUUCUAUUUAUAUUAAAAGGUGCUGAAGUGAUUAAAUCUGUAUUUUCUGAUCCUGUGCCUCCGUAGAAUUACCCACAGAAAAUACUACAUUUAUAAAUACCAAAGAUGUAAUAGUCCCAAGUUUUCUAGAUCACGCCAAUAAAAUAUUUUAAGUUUUCCUA